AUGUCACCCCGGUCCUCGACAACUGCCUCUCCGAGACGGAGAGCACUGCAUGAACGCACCUCAUCUCACACAAAUGAGGUAUCACCGAUCCGCUCGGUCAAGGAAACGGAGGACAUAGACUUCUAUUCGGCAACCCCAUACCCAACCAAGCCAACCCAGGUUCUCUUACCGCGGCCCGGGAUCGGCCAAAGCUAUGGUAUUCACGGCGCCUACGGUGUUUCAGAUGUCUCAUUAGCAUCGGCUGAAACUGACCUCACAGCCACUGGUCCUGCGGACGAGAAUAAAGACUUCGACACUAGUGUGAACAACCCUUACGAAUUCUCUUCGUCUGUCGACCUUGGCCAUUCAUCCCAGGUCUGGGAUCAUGACCCCCAGUCCAGCCAGUCUUCGUUCCCGACCCCGCUGCUCCCUUCGGAUGACAGUAAUGACAGUGAUUAUGAGGCCACCUACGAUAAUAAAGCUACUUCUAAUUUCCAACAUCAAGAUUCCAGCCCGCAACUAGAACAGCCUCACUACGAGAGGGAACUCCAUGUCACAGAUAGCGGAGAGGAAGAAGAGCCGGAAGACGACGACGACGUGAUUACGCUCCCUCCGCCACCUAGGGCAACCGUCAAAGCUAUCCCACCUGGGUACUCAUCCCCAAGGACCGAGCCUCUUGGAGACCAGGCAGCUUCCGACAAUUAUGUGACCUAUGAUCACACCUCCAGUCCGAACGUGGUACCGAUUGGCGCUCCUUCAAGCCCUAAUUUUGUAUCGCUUCAGAGCUCAAGCCCAAAUUUGAUUGCCUAUGGAAGUUCGUCGCCUCAGAUUAUAGCAAAUGACCGAUCUGAUUCGGACUCGUCAUCUAACUCUAUGGGAACGGUGAUUCGUACAUAUAACGGCUCAACUGGCUGGCCGGGUCCCUCAUUUGAAGGAAGCUCAUCACAACCCGCCUCCUUUACUUCGAGCCCACCAGUGCAACUACUCCGAGAAUACCAAUCAGCUUCAUCGUUGGCACUCUCAGCGGGCGAGACUCAGUUAUCUCGAUCUCGGACAAUAUCCACUGGGAGUGGUCCUUCCGAAGGCGAUUCUCAUUCACUGCCGGAUAGUAUAUCUGCAAUCCAGUAUCCUCGGAUACGUGCACCAUCUUCCUCAGGUUCGUUUGCUGAUGUCUCUGAGAUAAGACGCCCAACGCGGACUGUGUCAGAGCGGUCGACCGGGCGUUGGAAUCCGACCCUUUCCACUGUUCCUUCACGCGUGUCAGAAGAUCAAGGGAAAACUGUUACACUUAGCAAUAUGAUUGGUGGCACCGCUUCUGAUGUCAAGCAGGGCCUGGGUCUAAUGCCCACAAGAAGCAAGUCCAAGUCAACUAUCUGGCCUAUUGACCAAAAUGAUGAGCACCUGGAUCGCGUGUCAAAUCUUCCGCGAUCAACUUUGCGACACAUUCCAUCCUCAUUAUUCAGCAGUACAGAAUCUCGUCCAGGGUCCAGUUCUAGCAAUAACAUGAUAAUGAAUGUGCUUCCAAACUGGGUCCGUCUGUACUACCGCGGCAAUAAUGGCCAGCUUGCUCAGCAUCCCACGCUAUCCAUUCUUGAAUCAAGUCGUCCGUCAACGGCGGCUUCUCGCCCAGCGUCUCCCAUUAGAUACGUCAGUCGGGCUCCGGCUUAUCUUGCACGUCCACGAACGCGACCUCGGGAGGAGAAAGCGCAUCCGACUCGCCUGCUGAGCGACCACCCGGCAGAUCCUCGAAGUCAUUGGAAGCAAGGGCAGCGUGAAGAGCAUGAUAUAGCUGUUCCGCAGCCUGUUGCCAAAGCAUGGUCACCGCAUCUCCAUCCCGACAAAGGCCAAACAAGUCCUCGACAUACCUGGACUGCGCCAUCGUUGGAUUCGCGGGAUGAGCCGGCUUUUGGGAGACGGAAUGUGCAGAUAUACUCUUUCUGCCUAGGUUUUGUAUUUCCUCUUGCUUGGGUUAUUGCUGCAUUUCUGCCUCUUCCGCAGCCGUUGGGUGAUGAAGAAGAUAUGGUGGCAGGAUCCGGCGCAAAGUAUCGUAUUCAGCAGCACGAGAAAAAAAGGAUUCAGAGUGCACGAUGGUGGAGAAAUGUCAAUCGAGUGAUGAUUCCCGUUGGCACCGCAAUCAUCGCGAUAAUUGUUACUCUGGCUGUUGUUGGCACCACUGUGGGCUUCAGCUAA